CUCUUCUCCUAAUAGUAACAGCUAGCUGUCUUCUUGUUUUCUUUUACUCUCUUUUGGGUUUUGAAAAGAAUGUCAUUGAACCUUUUCAAGCUCUCUACUUUGCUCCAUUACCAAAACCAAUACCAAAUCCAACCCUGUGCCACCAACAAACAUGGCUUCCUUACAAGAACUGCUUGCCAAGGAAGGAUUUGAUCGCAGGAAUUUUGGGAAGGCUCCAAAGCCUGUGAAGCCUAUCAGAGACAGAGGACAAGUAGAUGACUCAAUAGCACUGCCCAUAUACAUCUGCCAUGACCACCGAAAAACUGCCCAUCUCUAUGCUACCAAAAAAGGGUCUUCCAUAUUUUCAUCAUCUAAAAGGGUGGGUUCGGUGUCAGAGAGAUCGAAUACUAAUAAAUCAGUGGCGACAGUGACUGAGAGUUCAAGAGCUGAUGAGCCUCCAAUUGAUGAAGUUGCUAUUAAAGCAGUGAUUUCCAUCCUCAGCGGCUACAUUGGCCGGUACGUGAAAGACGUGAAUUUCCAGGAAACAAUUCGAGACAAGUGCAACUCUUGCUUGGUGAGAAGAAAAAAGGAACCAGAUAAUGGGAUUUUCGCAAACAUGGAACUUGUUAUCGACAACAUUGACAAGUUGGUAGUUGAACAAGGGACUAGGAAGGAGCUAAGCAUGAAGACACUAAGGAACUCCAUUCGGCUUCUAAGUGUUGUUGAUUCCUUUAAUUCUAAAAAGACUAAGAAUGGUUCAACAUGUGGAAUUCCCAAUUCUCAUAUCUCUGCAGUUGCUCAGCUUUUAUUAGCAAUUCUCUACAAGCUUGAGAAAAAUGAUAGGAUUUGUGCUAGGCACCUACUUCAAGUUUUUUGUGAUUCUCCAUUUCUAGCUCGAAAUGACUUGCUUGCUGAUCUUUGGGAGCAUUUCUUUCUUCCCCACCUUCUCCAUCUUAAGAUCUGGUACACUAAGGAGCUUGAAACUAUUUCAAACUCCAACUAUAUAGAUAAGGAGAGGAAAGUGAAGGCCCUGAGCAAGGUGUACAAUGACCAAAUGGAUAAGGGGACUAUUGAGUUUGCUCUGUACUAUAAAGGGUGGCUUAAAGUUGGGGUUAAAGCCCCUCCUGUUCCUACUGUGCAUUUGCCAUCAAAACCCAGUUAUGGAUCAUCAAGUAGGAGAUCCUCAGAUUCUUACACUUUGCAGUCUCCCAUGAACAACUUAUACCGAGCUGUAUUUGGGACCUCACUUGAGCGAAAAUCUAUGGACCACAGUGAUCAAAAUGGAGCUUCAAUCAAUAUGUGGCAUUUAGAGGAAAAGGAUAAACUAUGUACAGAUGAAGAUAGCUAUAACUGCAGUUUUGUUUAUAAAGGAUAUGGGACUCAUCGAAGGUCAUCAAGCCAAAACAAUAGAGAUUCGAGAGCUGAAUCAUGGCCUGAAACACAAAAAUCAGACUAUUUCCAGAUCUUUACCUGCCGAAGUCAGCCAAAAGAGUGCUUAGUGAAAGGCGACCUUGCAGCCAAGAAUCGUUUAGUCAGAAAGGAAGAGAAUGCCAAUUCAAGUGAGUUAAUCAGAGCUAUUAAUACUGUUUGCUUCUCAGAUAUUCUUAGCGAAUGUGAAUUUGCAAUUCGAAUAAUCUCCAAAGCGUGGUUGGACUCACAUGGUGAUCCCGCCAUUGAAGUUGCAUUAUCAGAAGCAUCCAUUAUUGAGGGGAUGCUAGAGGUUUUGUCUGCUUCUGAUGAUGAUGAAAUUUUAGAGUUAAUAAUAUCAAUUUUAGCAGAAUUUGUAGGGACGAAUGACGUGAUUAGGCAGAUUAUACUGAAUUUGGAUCCACAGCUAGAAAUCUUCAUGAGACUUCUGAGAAGCACUUCUCUGUUUCUAAAAGCCGCUGUUCUGCUUUAUUUAGCAAAGCCAAAGGCAAAACAGAUGAUAUCAGUUCACUGGGUGCCAUUAUUCCUUCGAGUGUUAGAGUUUGGAGAUCAGUUGCAGACCCUCUUCACAGUACAGUGCAGUCCUCAAGCAGCAGCAAUUUACUUUAUAGACCAACUUCUGACAGGUUUUGAUGAAGAUAGGAACUUAGAGAAUGCUAGACAAGUGGUUUCUCUUGGGGGAUUGAAUCUGCUGGCACAACAAAUUGAGAGAGGGGAUACUCAUGAAAGGACCAAUGCUGCUUUGAUCAUGUCCUGUUGCAUUCAAGCUGAUGGCAGCUGUAGAAAUUUCUUGGCUGAAAAUUUGAACAAGGCUUCUCUUCUUGAACUUAUUGUCCUUGAGAACUGCAAGAAUUCUAAUAGCCAUGCUUUUUCUUUACUAACCGAGUUACUCUGCCUUAAUAGAAGAACACAGAUAAUAGAAUUCUUAUGUGGACUAAAAGAAGGAUGGAGUGGCUUGAACACCAUGCACAUUUUAUUAGCCCGUCUCCACAGAGCACCAGAAGAAGAAUACCCACUGGUUGCAGCAAUCUUAUUGCAGCUUGAUCUUCUGGGUAAUACUAUGAAGUGCAGUGUAUACAGAGAAGAAGCAGUUGAGGCAAUCAUAACAGCUUUAAGUUGUCAAAUAUGUCACGAAAAUGUUCAAGAACAAUCAGCAAGAGCUCUUCUUAUGUUGGCAGGCCGGUUUUCUUAUACUGGAGAGGCAUCAGCGGAAAAAUGGCUUUUACAACAAGCAGGUUUCCAUGAGAGUUCAGGGGACUCAUUUCAUAGCAAGGAAAUUGUCAUAGAUGGUUUCAUGCACUCAGAUGAAGAGGAAGAAGCAACAGAAAACUGGCAAAGGAAAGCAGCUAGUAUGUUGUUCAACAGUGGGAACAAGAGAUUGUUAGUCGCCCUUUCAGAUUGCAUAGCCAAUGGCAUCCCAAGGUUAGCACGAGCAAGUAUGAUUACUGUUACUUGGAUGACCAGCCUUCUCCAUUCAGUUGGAGAUGAAAAUUUGCGGUCUAUGGCAUGCUCAAUUCUCACGCCACAGUUGCUAGAAUCCUUGAAUUAUGAAAAAGAUCUCGAGGAAAGAGUGCUGGCUUCAUACUCACUACUGAGUCUCAUGAAGAGCUCAGAAUGUGUUUCUAUGCUCCCAUCAUUCGACAAAGAGUUGCUCGGCCAUCUCCAUAAUCUUUCCCUGGUGACAUGGACAGCUAGUGAGCUUAUGUCAAUCAUCCCAAGUAGCUCGAGACAUUAGUAUUGGCCGAUUACAGAAAUGCAAGCAAAUCAUCAAAUAUUAAACUGCCCUCUUCUGGACAUCCACCAAUGUCUGAAUCUCUCUAUCUCUUCGUUAAGAAAAAAUGUAUGUGGAGAAGAUUAUGAGGGUUGUGUGGUAGUGUGUGCAGUAUAUUUCCACAUUAGGAUUAUCUUUUUUCCUUUUCCUCCAUUUUUGUAUACUGGAGCCUAUCUUAGAAAAAAUUACAUACUAAAAUUAUCCAGAUAAUAGUGAAACUGCACACUCUAUUGUCUUUAGAUGAAGAUGUAUUUGAACCAUAGGAGCUAGAAGUUGACAAUGCACUCAUAUAGGUGAUGUUAUUGUUGAUGCAAUCAAGCAAGGAAGCAGUACCAAAUACCAAAAACACUUGUGGAAAGAUUCCAAAGUGAUCAAAGCUGUAGUUGUACAUACUUGUAAAGAACUUAAACGAGACAUGGGUGUGAUAAUAUGGUAGAAUGACAAUGGUCGAAUUGUAAUUGGCGAUGUAAUUCCCAAAGAAACUUGUAUAAUGUUUGUGCUA